AUGAGUGCGGUGACGUGCCACUUUGAGCGUCGGGCUUGCCGGCACUCGACGCUGUUCAUGGCCGAGUACAAACGGACCAACCGCACCAAGAAAACCAAGCAGACAGAGACGGUCGCCACGGUGUCAACAAGCAACUCCGCCAGUUUGCUAGUGUACGCGCACUUUGAGGAGGCGCAGACCAACUUCCUGGCCCUUAACGACGUAAUCGGCUACGAUGAAGUGAGUAGAUCCAUCCAGACAGAGCAGACGCCCAAGGGAACGUGGAUCGAGGGCACCGUAGUCCGCGACGCUGGCGCCAACCGCAGCAGCCUCUUCCAGAUCAACCCUGGUGCACGAUGGUACUACGAGUGGGAGAGCGCCGCCACCAAGGCGCAGCGCUUCACCAAGCAUGCUUUGCGUGUCUACAUCUUCCAGCGUGUCCAGUCGCAGUUGCGCGUGGUAGGUCUGAUCUCCUCGUCCGAGUUCAUCGUCGUGUCCUAUCGUCGCGCUCCCGGUGAAGUGCGAGCCGAGCGUGAGGCGCUGGAGGCCCUACGCACAGUGGUCGACACCCAGCAAAUUGGUCAACCAGAUGCUGAUGGACACAGCACUAGCCGUAUUAUAACAGCACCUUUUGAGCGUAAGCCUCCACCGCCUCAGCUUCGAGUGAUAGCAGGGCGUGAAGAGGUGCUGUGGCAGAACCGCAAGUUGUGGGAAUGUCGGCAUCCAGACAUCAUGACGACGUCAAAGCAUCUCGCUAUCCUCUUCCAUUUCCUUCGCCAUUUGAACGCAUCUUCACACGGAGCCAGCUUGGAAGCUCUGAGUGGACUCUUCAACGACCAAGUGGCAGGAUAUCGUUCAGUAACCGGCAAGGUAAGCAACAACACUGAACAGCUGCAGCUCACUGCACCGCUAUCGUGGAUCUUUCUCGAACCACUCCGACGAGUGGAAAAGAUCUGUACUAGUCUGGCGGGCUGGCUGGCUCUGGACUGCGCCAACCUCGAGGUCUAUCGUCGCUUCCUCGGAUCCUACAGCCCAGCGCUCCUAGAUAAAGAUCGAGUGCGCGCUGGUUACGUGGAGGCUGUCAAGACGCUGUGUAAGCUUGUUGACCGCUUCAUCGGCUGGAGCAAGGUCCCGUCCACUUCGUCGUCCACAUCCCUGUCUCUCUUGAGUGAAGAAAUCAUGACGGCCGUGUUCAAAUACGACCACCUGACACCACUGCGACGCGUUCUAUUGGACGUCCUCUCGUCGAACGAAAUGUUUGGGAUGCACGAGUUUGUGUCGCAGCUGCGAGCGCAGUAUGUAUUGCAGCACGCGAACGCAACGCCAAGUCGCACCCUCUUGGCACGUCAAGGAAGUGACCAUGCUUCUGUUUUUGAUGGCUCGUGGGUUUUCGACGGAACUCAGUCCCUGCUAACUCCGAUCCGAGGUUCAACAGCGACUGAUGCCUCGUUAAGCUGCCUGCUAACGUUCAUGCGUGAGCUCGCUCGAAUCGACAUUCGCCCAGUGGAUGGUCAGUCGCUUGAGAUAUGCUCCGACUGGAAUCUUGGCACGGGUUACGGUGGAAAAGUGAAGUCGACAACUACCAACCAGUCAGGCAUGACGCUGGUGCUGGACGGUCGACAAAGGAUGUUCAUCCAAUUCCCAAGUGGUGUCUCAAGCUCGAUUCCUCUUGGUGGGCGCAGCUAUGGAGACUACCGCGGCAAAGUUUUGUCUCCGAAGAGCUUCGUAGUAGAAAUGAGUUCGUGGCCAGUGGAUAGCGACAGAUUGCAACCAGCACUCAGAUGGAAGCUGCAGGCUGACGUGGAGACUGGAAGCCACGAAGGCAGCCCGAGGUGUCUUUUGGUGAACGGUGUCAUGGAAGAGGGGUACUGGCGAAUGGAUAGCAGCAGCGAAAGCCCCGAUUUCGAAGCGGUGCCUUUUAACCUGAAGCUCGGGUUGGUGGAGGCAUGGUAUCCGAUGUACGAGCUGGUAGGCGUGUACGAUCGCAUUGGUUAA